UUAUAUGAUGGAUAAAUGAGGUCUGCACGGGGGCUGUAUAAUAAGUUAUCCUCUUUUGACUAGAUUAUUAUUGUUUUGAAUAAUUGAUUCCAAAAUUCAAAUUUCAAUGCGGAAAAAAAAAUAAACAUUUGCGACGAGCGUUUGAUACUUUUCGUCACCAUCACGAGUCCUACUUAUUAAUAACUAUCAUGCCAAUACAAACUAAUGAGUUGUUGUUUAUCGAUUAUAAUGUUAUAAAUAUUAAUAUUAAUAAUAAUAUUAUUAUAUUUAUUAUUUUAUUCGAAACAAUCUAUCAUAAAAAAAGUUUCGUAACAUGCGCAAAACGUACAAGAAAAGUAAAUCAAUAUAAAACAUCAUGCGCCUUACUAAGCUGCUACUUUAAUAUAAACAUUGAUGUUAGUAUUCGUAAGUUCCCGAGUAUAAAAAAUAUAUCUUUUGGCAAUGCUCUGUUAGUUAAAAUUACACAAAUGUUUGACAGAAGUAAGCAAUGUAACUUAUCUCACAAAAUGAUGAUACGGCUUAAUAAUUUUUUGUAUGUUUUCAAUUUACGUCAAGGCACAAUUUUAAUUGCCGUCCAUCAAAUCGCACUAUCAUCUUUUGUUCUGAUAAUAUUACUAGUCGGUAUAUCUCAUGUGGGAGAGAUGUUAUCAAUGCUUCAUACUGACAUGGAGGAUGAUGCGGAGAGUCGAGGGUUUUAUGAGGUAACUUAUGGCCAACAACUGACGUUCCAUGAGGGAGACGUUGUUAGCACGAACAAUCAACGCAGAUUUGCUAAGGCUCAGCACCUUGCGUCUGGUAAGUUUUUAUAUAUUACAUAUAUAAGGUGCUACUUAUAAACAAGGUUUAGCGUUGGAGUAAAUUUACGCUGAGACUGCUCUUCGUUUUAGUCAAAAUUCAUAUUAUUAAACAGAGACUUAACAAAGGUUAACCUAG